AUUUGAUCCAAGUUUCUAAACCUUAUAUCAUCCCCGCCACCGCCGCCAUCGUUCUCCUCAUCCUCCUCUAUUAUUGCGGCAGAUUGUUUAUCACAAUAAUGAGAUCUCUCUUUUCCUAUUUUGGCUGCGACACUGUCUCUGGUGGGAAGGUAAUUAAGAUGAUGAUAGCUCCCGGAACCAGAGGGGCUCUUGUGAUAGUCAGGUCUGUCUUUGAAAGCAACCCCCGUGGUUACUUUCGUGGUCUCCGAGGAAAGUAGUCGUGAUGAACAUGAACAUGAAAUUCUCUUGGAAUAAUAAGCCUUUUAUGUACAUGUUUGAACUAUGUAUGUUUGCUCUGUCAACAGUAUUUCUUAUUUUCCAUGCUCACCAACCAUCCAACCAUGUGGAAUGUUUUGUAUCAACUCUUUGCUCAACAGAUGUUUGGGGUUUGAAGGAUUCAGAUAUUUUUGCAAUAUGUAAUCAGAAAGAACUGUGUAUGUGUGGCUUUAUUUUCAAUAUACUCAGCUAUAGGUUUGGAUUA